CUUCCGCCCGUGCGGGAAACCCCGGAGCGGAUAUAGUACCCUCUCUUUCCGGUUUGGCUCCUUUUCGGCCGUAGCUGCCUCCACGCGAACAUGCCUCUCGCAAAGGAUCUCCUACAUCCCUCCCCUGAGGAGGAGAAGAGGAAGCAUAAGAAAAAGCGCCUGGUCCAGAGUCCUAACUCUUACUUCAUGGAUGUGAAAUGCCCAGGUUGCUACAAAAUCACCACUGUGUUCAGCCAUGCUCAGACAGUGGUUUUGUGCGUCGGCUGCUCGACUGUGCUGUGCCAGCCCACUGGGGGAAAAGCAAGGUUGACAGAAGGAUGCUCCUUCAGGCGAAAGCAGCAUUAAAUUACCCAGAUGCUUGUUCCGGAUGGGUGGGGCUACGUGCACGGUCACCAGCUCAGACGCUGAAGAACUCAAGAGCGUGGAGGGAACGCGAUAUGAACAAAAUGUAAGCUACUAAACAGUGAUGCACGGUGCGACCCUUGAGGCCUUCAGCUGCUGUUGCCGCCUACGGCAUAGGAUUAAACCAUGGCUAUCGCACCGUCCUUGUAGCCUCACCCAUUUGACUCAAUAAAUUUUGGAUAUAUAAAGACAA